AUGAGACUCUCCUCCCUCCUGCGUCUGCUCAGACAACCUGCCGCCAGGGUUCUGCUCGUCGCCGGCCUCGUUUACCUCCUAGCCUUUCAAUACUGCCGCCUACGCUUCUGGCGCGAUCCGCACUCGGCCUUCUUUGAUAUCCGCAACGUCUUCGAGUGGAAGUACAGUCUCGUCCGCGAGCACGAGGCCAAACACUUCACCUCCAUCUACAAUGCGCCAUCCGAUGGCUCCCAACCUGAGCGCGGCCGCGAUCGCCCCCUGAUGUGUGCGGCGCUCGCCACGGUCAAACGCGACACGGACGACUAUUUCGAGGCUACCGUGGGUUCGAUCCUCAGCGGCCUCGAUCCCCGUGAGCGACAUGCUCUGCACCUGGCCGUGCUCUUCGCCAAUACCGACCCUUCUCAGCAUCCAAGCUGGGGCCAGCGAUGGUUGAAUCGCUUGGCAGACUCGGUGUCAUCGUAUAAUGUGUCGGAGGCAGAGUUCCGCCAUAUGCAGGAGCUGGAGAAAACCCACAACUUUUAUGAGAAGGGAGUUUAUGACUACGUGUACCUGCUGAACCAGUGUCUCGAAACCGGCGCCCCGUAUAUUUUCAUCCUGGAGGACGACGUGAUUCUUGCGGACGGCUGGAUGAUCAGAACCCUCCAUGGGCUUCACCAAAUUUCGCAAGGACCGCCCGCCCGCAACGGAUCCUGGCUGUAUCUGCGACUCUUCUACACCGAAACCUCCCUGUCGUGGACCUCGUCGGACUUUUGGUAUCGGAACAUGCCGCUGGCCUUCUUCCUGGUCAUGGCAUCGGGGCUGGUGUUUUUCUUGACCGUCCGGUGGCGCUGGCCAGCCACUCGGGGAUACGUGGACAAUUGGACGAUUGCAGCGGUGUGUCUGGUCGUUCUGCCGGCCUUUACAGGGCUGAUGUACAUGGUGGGCAAGUACUCGCUGCUCCCGUUACAAGGAGUUGUGGAGAUGAAUGCCUACGGCUGCUGCACCCAGGGUCUGGUGUUCCCGCGCGAACAGGUCGGCCCGCUGGUGGCCUAUCUGCAGGAGCGCAAGAGCGGCCAGACCGACAGCAUGAUUGAGGAGUAUGCCACUAACACCGGGUUGACCCGGCUGGCCCUGGCGCCACAGCAGUUGCAGCAUGUCGGUCUCCGCUCCAGUCGCGACAACCUCGAGGUCAACACGCAGAGCACUUGGGCGUUCUGGUUCGAAGAGAACAAUGCCGAGCAAUUAAAGGCCGAGCAUCGGCACUUGCUGGAGACCAGCGACGGUGAUUGGGUUUUGGAUUGA